AUGUGUGAAAAUGACUUUGAAAAAGCAUCCAGCCCACUCUUAGACCUAUAUAUUGCACAAAAAGCAAUCGAAGAGAGGAAGACCAUCAUUCCUAUAGAAACUGCAGAAGAGCAGUGUAAUCCAGUUUGCUCCGUUUCCAAUGAUGAGAUCAUCUUCGCCAUCGAACACACUCUCCAGUAUCUCGAAGAUAAAUUCCGAGAAAAGCGUUCUGAAAAAACAGACUCCAAAAGCAGUUUGAAAGAACUUAUCAAACAUUACAAAUGCGGAACACUCAAAGAAGACAUUUUCGAGAAAGAUGGAAUGUCAAUCAUUGAUUACGCCACAAAAACAGAAGAGAAGUUUAAAGCAGAGGAGAUAAACAAAAAACUAAAAGACGAUAUAUUUAUCCGAAGGAACAUUCGGAUGGCAAAACGGAUACACAACAUUCUUCGAGCUAGAAAUAAUCAUACGAUUUUCUCGGCAAUUGGCGCUGGUCACUUUUUCGGGAACAACAGUGUACUGACCCAUCUCCAAACAAAUGGAUUUGUAAUUGAAAAAAUUAGAGAUAGUGAUACAAUACAAUCCCUCCGAUCUCCAUACCGACAAACCGCAAAAUUCAAGCGAGUCUGGACCAAGGAAAACAUGCCUCUCCUUUAG